CGGCAUCAUGUCUCACAGGAAAUUCAGUGCGCCCCGUCACGGCUCUAUGGGGUUCUACCCCAAAAAGAGAUCCUGUCGUCAUCGUGGUAAGGUCAAGGCUUUCCCGAAGGAUGACCCGAGCAAGCCGGUCCACCUUACGGCCUUCCUCGGCUAUAAGGCCGGUAUGACCCACGUGGUACGCGAAGCUGAUCGACCUGGAUCAAAGGUCAACAAGAAAGAGAUUGUGGAAGCAGUUACUGUCUUGGAAACUCCUCCCAUGGUCAUUGUCGGUGUUGUUGGUUACAUCGAAACGCCUCAUGGUCUCCGUGCUCUGACCACUGUCUGGGCUGAGCAUCUUUCCGAAGAUUGCCGCCGUAGAUUCUACAAGAACUGGUACAAGAGUAAGAAGAAGGCUUUCACCAAGGCCUCCAAGAAGUGGCAAGAUAAUUUGGGACGCGCUUCCAUCGAGAGAGACUUCAAGAAAAUCAUGAAGUACUGCAAAGUCGUCCGCGUCAUUGCUCACACUCAAAUGAAACUAUUGAGACAGCGCCAGAAGAAGGCUCACAUUAUGGAAAUUCAAGUUAAUGGUGGAACCAUCGAGGACAAAGUUAAUUGGGCCAGAGAACACCUCGAGAAGGCCAUUCCAGUGAACAAUGUCUUUGCCGCUGACGAAAUGAUUGAUGUCAUUGGUGUCACCAAGGGUAAAGGAGUCAAAGGUGUCACCUCGCGUUGGCAUACAAAGAAACUACCGCGCAAGACGCACAAGGGUCUGCGUAAGGUCGCUUGUAUCGGUGCCUGGCAUCCAAGCAGAGUUUCAUUUACGGUUGCACGUGCUGGUCAGAAGGGUUACCACCACCGUACCGAAAUGAACAAAAAGAUUUACCGUAUCGGUCAAGAGAUCCAUACCAAGGAUGGCAAGAUUAUCAAGAACAAUGCCUCGACCGAGUACGAUUUGACCGAAAAAAGUAUCACACCCAUGGGUGGUUUCCCCCACUAUGGUGAAGUUAACAACGACUUUGUCAUGAUUAAGGGUUGUUGUAUGGGACCCAAGAAGCGCGUCAUCACUUUAAGAAAGUCGCUCCUAGUCCAUACCAAGCGCUCUGCUCUUGAAAAGAUCAAUCUCAAGUUCAUCGAUACGAGCUCCAAGUUUGGUCAUGGUCGCUUCCAGACUGCCCAGGACAAGGCUUCGUUCAUGGGUGUCUUGAAGAAAGAUCGCAUUCGCGAAGAGCAAGCUCAGGCUACUGCCGCCACUGCUGCUCCAACAGCAAGCGCCGCAACUGUUGCUCAGUAAUCUUUGUACUGUGUAUAAUGGUUAAUAUAAAAAAAGUUUCUAUUCUCAA